UGUGGAAUAUGCAGCCUGGUAUAUUGUGUAUACAACUCUGAAGCUCUGACAUGCCCCAGUGCAGGGAAGGACUCAGUCAACCUGAGCACUUUGGAUGCUGAUCUGAACACCCAGAGCCCAUUCUGCAGUCUGCAAGGGUUUGCAGGGUAAGAUGCUUUUGCCAUGGGCCACCUUCUUGAAAUUGAACAUUUUUGUUCUCCUUUCUUUUGCCUAUAAACUUCCAGCUCCAGACAAUGGAGAUUUGGCUUUGCCGAAUGAUGAAACCUUGCAAGAGCAAGCUAAGGGGGCAUAUGAGGGCAAAAUGGGACUACAAUAUUCUAGAUUAUUGCGUAAGAAAAGGGAAAAUGCUAAUAAUUCUAUAGAUUCUGGGCUGGAGAAUAGCAGCACACCGAUUUCACAGACGUCUGUGACCAUCAAACCCACAUCAUUAUCAGAGGAAUCCACUGAAGCAGACAUGCUUGUGACCCACUCAGAAUCAAGUCUAGAUCAAAGUGAAACUCAUAGCAUGUCACCUGAUCAAGACACAACUCAGACAGAACUUAUUCACAAGUCUACAGGUUCUCCAGAUAAUAUUUAUCUCCUAAAUUCCACAGACUCUCCAGAUGUAACGUUUAGCACCACUGAAGACAUUGAGGGAACUACUAACUCUGAUCACAUUCACACAGCAACCAUUCAUUCAACUACCCAUUCCAAGAAUGACACAGGCCAUGUGAAUGAAGAUAAUACAUUUAGUCCACCUUCGCAAUUUUCUACAAAAUCACUAUUUGAAUCCAUAGUGACAUCAACUCAUCACCCUAAAAAAACAGAUGAUACCACCAAACAGAAACCAGAUGAUUCCACUUUGUCUUCCAAAACUAAGGUUGUGACAUUCAUACAAACGUCUGCAGAAUACUCGCCUCCUGUACAUUCCCUCAUGAGGCAAUGCAUGUUGGCUAUCUUGAUUUUGGCAGUUCUAUGCACAAUCUUUAUCAUAUCUACUAUUGCGCUUGCUGCUAAACUUUCUAGAGUUAAGAGCCGCUACAAGAUGCGCCAGCCAAACUUCACAGAGAUGACCUGCAUCACUUCACUCCUACCAGAAAGUGACCAACAAAGUAAAGUGAAGCCAAAGAGGAUGAAGACCUUUGCUGCCAAUGUAGAAGAGAGUGAUGGAGAUAAUACAACUCUCAACAGCUUCUUGCCUGACCACUAGAACAAUCUGCUAAGAGGACUUUAAUGAAGCAAGUUAGCAAGUCCUAACUAUGAAUUCCCCUUGCUCUUUUGUCUUGCAGAAUGUCUAAACAUGACCUUUCCUUGUUCUUCCUUUCUUGUCAAAUAUCAAAACAUAGAAAGAGUAUGGGAUACCCAGGCUGGUCAUCUUGGGACAGAAAAAAAAAUGGAUAGACAUAUAAACAGUCAGUAUGAACUAAACUGGCAUUACCCACUGUGUUGAGAGACGAUAGGUGGAAAUAGUUGGGGGUUAUCUUUCAACACUUACAUUACUCUUUUUUUGUGUGUAUACAUACAUGUGUGUACAUGGGUUAGGGCCGUUAUUUGAGAGCAGUUAAGAUAUUGGUUUUUUUUUCUAUAGUACAAAUGAAAGACAUGCAAUAGGUUUAUCCCACCUUGAGCAACUCAAUAAGAUAUAGAGGCUCAUUUAUGACCAUAACUGCAGUUGUGCACAUAUGGAUGCAGUGAAUGCAGGAACCAACACCAUUCAUUAAUAAAGGUACUUGGGUCCAAAUCA